UGCCAAACUUUUCAACAUGGCGACACAACAAACGGAAGCGAUCGAAGCAAUGGAAAAUGCGAACCGAACUUCGCAUCCUGGCUUCAGUAACGACAAGUAUUCUCUGCUCGUCAUUGUCGGUGGACAUAGUCGGACUGGAUUUGUGGACUACGUGGUGGCAGAGAUAAAGAGAGGCAUCCGCUCAUGGGAUGUGGACCUGACAUUCUGUAACCUGGACGAGCAGCUCAAGCUCUUUGUGUCUCGACACUCUGCCUUCUUCUCGGAAGAAAUAAAAGGCCAGAGGACACUGCAGCACAGUGGAGACGUUCUAGACACCAAGGUGGUGGGGAACCCAUCCCAUGAGUUGGUCUGCUCAGAGGUGCGCCGGCUUAUAUCUGACGUGUCUCGCCACAAGUUGUUGGUUCUUGCUGGACAAUGUGUCGAAGAGGCAGGAGACCUGGUCUUACAAACAGGAUGUUUCUCUCUCAGUGACUUCAUUCAGAUAUUUGCUGAUGAAGAGAUUGGAGAGUUAUUGAGUUCGGCAGACCCUACACAAAAAGCUAGCCUCACACUGAGUUGUCCUAACACUGGAGUGUGGAAGAACUCAGUGUUGGAGAAACACAACCUACAAGACUUCAUUGACAUCAAAACAAACCUGCCAUCAGUGCUACCUGAAAUGGAAGGUCUGCAAGAGUUCACAGAAUACCUCUCCGAGUCCCUGGAGCCACAGUCGUCUUUUGAGCUGCUGGAGCCCCCCAGUACUGUGGGCUUCCUCAAACUCUCCCGCCCCUGCUGCUACGUAUUUCCAGGUGGGAGAGGAGACUCUGCCUUCUUUGCUGUUAACGGUUUCAACAUCCUGGUCAACGGUGGGUCCGAUCCACGCUCCUGUUUCUGGAAACUGGUUAGACAUCUGGACAGAGUUGACUGCCUGCUCCUCACCCACAUCGGUACUGACAAUCUUCCAGGGGUGAACAGUCUUCUCCAAAGGAAAGUGAUAGAACUGGAGGAUGAACAAUCUGCCGACUCUCAGAUCAAUGAGGACUGGAUGAAAAAUCUAAUUUCUCCUGAUAUUGGCAUAGUUUUUCUUAAUGCUCCAGAGAGAUUGAAGUCAUUCGAGGGUGAUCCCAAAGAACUGCGGAGCUGCGAUCAGGUGGCACUCACGUUGCAGCACCUUGACAGGCUAACAAUCAAUCCAGAGCCUCUUAGUCGCUCAAAUGGACCCGCCAUUGAGCCUGUUAUACUUUUCCAGAAGAUGGGAGUCGGUCGUCUAGAGCUGUAUGUUCUUAACCCAGUCAAAGGCAGUAAAGAGCUUGAGGCUUUGAUGAAGAACUGGCCCGGCAAUGGAUCUAACAUGAAAGGCUCAGAGAUACCCCUGCCUUGCCUUGUCUCCAUCUGUGCCCUAUUGGUGUGGCAUCCUGCCAGUAGUCAUGAGAAGAUCAUUCGAGUUCUCUUCCCUGGGUGUACUCCGCAGGCCAAGAUUCUUGAAGGACUUGACAAAGUAAAGCAUCUAGAAUUCCUGAAACACCCCGCCGUGAGCCUUAGGGACCUCGAAGCAUCCAAAUCAGAUAAACAACCAAAGCGUGCAGAGAGUCGGGAGAGCCUUAAGUCCCUUCCCAAGGACUCCAGACCUAGCAGUGCCUUGCUGAAGGACAAACUUGGACGUGGGGACCUUAGGAAACAAGACGUGAAGACCAAGCCCAAAGGCCCAAGUGACAUUGCUCCUAAAGAAAAGGAAGGGGAUGAGAAGUUGAAGUUGAAGGAUGUGGAUGCUAAACAAAGACUUCCAAAGCCUGAAAAGCUUAUGACAAAGAAGGAACCUUUAAAGGAUGAGAAAAAAGAAAAAAAGAGGGAUGAGAAAGCCUCUGCUGGUGUGGCCAAAAAGGAUGAGAAUGUGGAGAAAAAGAGAGAACCAAUUAAGAAAGAACCUCUUGGUCUAAAAUCAAAGAAACCUGAUCCAAAGAAGGAGAUCAAGAAGGAAAUCAAGCCAGAUGAGAAGAAACCAACAAAACCUAUCAGCAAGGAUGUCAAAAAAGUGACAGCUGGACCUUCAUUAGGAAACGCAGAAGCAAAAAAACCUGUAGGCAAGAAUGGAACUUUGAAGAAGGAUGCAAUCCCCAAGAAAGACUCAUUAAACAAGGGGGGAAAGUCAAAGAUGAGUAAAAAGACAGAGAAUCAAAACGCUUCAGCCUCUGAAGGGGAUGCGGAUCGUUCUAAGAUGUCAACGCCUGAAGACAUGACAGAGGAAUUCGAGAAGCUCAGAACAGAAAAUGGAGAGUCAGAGAAAAAGACUGCUGUUGUAGUGAGCACUAUAGCUAACAAUGAAGGAAUGGCACAACCUGAAACAGAGAAUGGAUCAAGAAAAAAUGCAGAGAAGGGCGACAUUUUGGAAAGUCCAGAAAAGUUCCGCUGCAUGGAGACACUUCCAAAUCCAGAGAAGGCCCUGGGAACCACUUCACCUCUUGCCAAAACUCCUAAAAGUGACCGCAGUGUGAAUUUUGAUAUUACACCAACUGAAUACAGACUUCUUGAUGGGGCCCUGCGAAAUGGACAAGAUGCAUGUGCCAGCUCAGAUGAGAAGACUUUAGAGUUGGUCUCCCCUGCUGACUCAGCCCCUAAUAGCGCUGGGCAUACCCCUUUCCACCAAUCACCUGAAGAGGAUGCUCAGGGCUCUGGUGAGGACAGUAGUCUCGGGGGAAGGGUGCCGAGCCUUGGGUUUGAAGACUGCCAUGUCAUGGGUUCUUGCAAGAACUCUGAGGUAGGCUCCUUGAAGGGGAACCUAGAGAACUCUACAUCGUCCCAGGAGAAGCAAUCAAGCCUUUUGACACUGAGUCCCUUCAUGCUGCCGGACUCUGUCUCCCCCAAUAUUACCUCUAUGCCUGCUGAAAUCGGUUCCCCACACUCGACAGAAGUUGAUGAGUCUCUUUCCGUGUCUUUUGAACAGGUGCUCCCAUCUAUUGAUGAGUCACCCAAGGGAGACCAUAUGGACAGGUCCUACUCUAAUGGGCAUUUUGCUGAUCCUGACCCCAAAAUGGGGAUGUCCUUACCUUUGAGGACAUGUCAUAACAUGCGUCCGCCAGGGGAUGGCUCAGAGGAACGCCUUACUGGAUUUCAGGGUCUUCUCCCCGACGUUCCCCAUGACGUCGACCUCUGCCUGGUCUCACCUUGUGAAUUCAAGCACCCGAAAUCCCCAGAGAACCAACAACAGCAUUUGUCUCCGGGGCUAGCGACAGGUAGCCCGCGGGAACUAUCAGAAAACAGCGACCACUCCCAGGACCUAGCUAAGCCACAAAGCGUCAUUCAUAGUGAUCGACAUUCGCCACAAGGUCAGGAGACUCCACCCACAUCUGCUAGUGAGUCCCUCAACACAGCCACAGAUUCAGACAUACCCCCAGGGACUGAAGACUGCCCCUCCAUCACUGCAGACAUGGACUCUGAUGAGGAUUCUGGGAGUUUCCCACCCCACCAUCCACACGACCAUCCCAGCUCUCACUCCUCCAACAGGGGAGCUCAACAUUCCUCUCAGGACCCCCCCCCAGCCCCAAUGAAGGACCUGCCACCCUUGCCGCCUCAGCCCGGUGCCUGCAUGGCUGACCCUGAGGCUGAUGCUCCAAGCAAGACCUCAAAGAGCAGUGCCACAAAAACCAAGAAACCAGCUGGGAUCACACACAGGUUAACGUCAGCCACCAGUACGACUCUGAACAGCAAGACCAAGACUGGCAGCACAACUGGUACGUUGAAAAUCACCUCAAGUCUUGACACAAGGCCUUCAUCCCGCAAUACCACUAAUGGCUCCAGACCUGGGACUGCAAGGUCAACUUCUUCAGGUUCUGUGGGCAGCAAGGCCAGUGCAGCUGGAGGGGCACCAGUUUAUUUGGACCUGGCUUAUCUCCCAUCUGGUUGUGCCUCUACCACCAUUGACGUGGAGUUCUUUCGACGCCUGCGCUCCUCCUGCUACAUUGUCAGUGGCAAUGAACACCUGAAGGAGUCUGUCAUGAGACCUAUUCUUGAUGCCCUACUGGACGGGAAGACAGCCUGGCCCGAUGUGCAGGUGACCCUGAUCCCCACUUUUGACUCACUGACGAUGCAUGAGUGGUACCAGGAGACCCACGAGAGGCAGGGGGAGCUGGGCAUUACCGUGCUGGGCAGCAACAGCACUGUGGCCAUGCAAGAGGAGACCUUCCCUGCGUGUAAAGUGGAGUUCUGAGAGCGAACAAGAUGAAUCUUCAGAUCCCUGCACUCUUAUCCACCAAAGUAUCUCCCUCACUUUAUCUUCUCUUAAAUUGUGAUGGACUCGUUUCCCCCCUCUAAACUGACGAUUUCCCACCCUAGCAUGCAUCACGUAUAGCCUGGUGGAUUAGCAGGCUUUUCUCCUCCUUUCAAUCUUAUUAAUAUAGAGCAGACUCCAGCAUCUUUCCCUGGGUACAUCUAUACCAUGGAUAUGAAGGCAGAACAUGAUGAUGUCCAAGAGUCUUUGGUCUACCAACAUGAAGAAAUGUUGUUCAUUAUGAAUGCUAGGUAAGGUGGACUUAGAAGACUGGCAAUACUAAUCGAAGUUCCUCACACUUCUUAUCAGCAGCCAGGUAGUUGUGAUCCAAAUCCGCAACAGCCCAGAGAAAACUAGUCGACAGCCCCAAGGAGGCAGAGGGUUUCCUACAGCUGAACUCCUGAGUUCUUCCUUCAACGAUGAAUCAUUUCAUCCGUAUAGCAUUUCAUAGGUAUAUUUAGCCCUGCACCCAUUUGCACAGUUAUCAAUUUCCACAGACAAGGGGACCGCAGUGAGAGAAUCAGUGUUACAAUAGAAUAGGAUGUCCGUCAAAAACUUUAAAAAGGCAGAGGGUGUGUGAGCGGAGGUGAAGAUGGGACUUUGUUGUCUCCUGGUGCACAUGUAGUCAUGCAGAGACCUCAGCACUUACUGAAGGACGACGACAUGUUUCUACAUCCCAUUUUGAGUUUCAUAGACGGUCUAUGAACAUUAUAAGGAGAUCGCCAAUGUCUUGGAAGGUAAUGGUAUGCAUGUGAACAGAAGGAUUACUCUGACAUUGAUAAAUAAUGGAAGUCCACGUUUCAAGAAAUCAUGAAAUGUGCAGUAUUUUUGUGUAACAUUCAGAUCAGUCACUUUAACCCUUCAUCUAGAGCGCAUACUGUGGUAUACUCUUUUGACAGUGUGUUUUUAAAUGAAAUGGCUUGGUAAAUACUAGGUAAUAAUUUGUACUCAAAAUAAAUACUCGUAAGUAAUUUUAGAUGGAAGUCAAUAGACAAUUGAGUCAUUUAUGUACCAACUCGCAUGACUGAAUUACAGUUCUAGUACCGAGUAGUUAUUUCAUGAAAAAAUGCACUUUGAAUGAAGUGUUAACAGUACAGUAUAUUUCCACACUAAUAAACCAACUGUAUCCAAACCUCUAUUUGAGUCCCUCUUCAAGACCAGAGUUGUUUUUAUCAUAGAGAAGCUGCAUGAUGUCACCAUCCUGUAAUUAUAAUUAUAAACUGGAAGGGUUGAAGGCUGCUGUUUUUCUGAAAGCCGAGGUAUAUCAGACCGAAUACCAUAGGUAUUUCCCCAAAAAUAUUUUUGUUCUAAUUACUUUGGUAACCAGUUUAUAAUAGCAUUAAGGCACCUCUGGGUUUUUUGGUAUAUGGCCAAUAUACUACAGCUACUGGCUGUAUCCAGGCACUCCGUGUUUCGUCGUGCAUAAGAACAGCCCUUAGCCGUGGUAUAUUGGCCAUAUACCAAACCUCCUCAAGCCUUGUUUCUUAAGUAUGCCAUGUCAAUGGGACCACUGAAUGUCACAUGCGCCAGAGGUUAAGCUUCACGGAAGAGGGAUUCACAAAAUGAGAAGUCAUUAGCAAUACUUUGCAAGACAGUCCAUUCCAUUUAUCACAGAGUGGUUAUUAUUGUGCCUAAGUGAACUAAAGGAAAUGCUAAACAUAUGAUUUUUAACAAGAACGGAAAAUCACCGUUAUAUCAGCAGUCGCUUGUGUAUCUGGUUAAUUGCAGUAAAAUGUAAAUGAUGUUAUCUGUGAAUGUCGACGCUUUUAGCUCUCUAUCAAAGCAGAUUGAGUCCAAAUGCAUGUCAGCACUGCUUGCACAUCCAUGCCCACCACUUUGCUUGCAGACCACGCACUUGUGUUAUAUUGCUCUUUGUUACAAAGGAUAUUUUCAUUUUAUUCAAAGAGAAGGGAUAUGAAAGGAUUUUAAACUUUUUUCCACUUGGGUUAAAUAACUGUUAUUCUUGGAGAAAUGUACUUGUUUUUUUUAUUUUUUACUUACACUUGAAAUUAUAUUUUUUGGGCCAUGCCGAGUUGUAAAAGCAUGCAGAUCUCACAAGUUAAAAUCUAAUUUGAAUUUAAUUAAAUGCCAUGGCUCUUUGAGAGCACCUUGUACAUUUGAAAAUAUCAUGUGAAAAGGGUGUGUUCAGCCAGACACAUGUUGGCAGAUCAUAUAAUUCUAAUUAUUUCACACAGAAAAAUGUAGUGUCAUCUGUUUUUAUUUUAUCAAUCCAUUAGCAAUUCUAUUUUUGUUUUUCCUAAAUUGAGUUUUCUGUAUAUCAAUAAUGUGGUGUGGCUACUUUAUCACUUACUAUCAUUUGAUUAGCAACAGGCUACUCGCAUGAUAUCAUUAGCCAAUGGCCGGACAGAGUUAGUGGAACCGAGCUCACAUUGUCAUAUGGAAGAGUGUUUAACGGCAGCAUGUUUUUUGGUACUCGCUGUAAGUCUGAGCAAAAAGGAUUGAAAGUGGAUUGCAUGACACUGAUCACUUAUUUGGAUAGCUAUUUCACACUACUGGAGUUAAGUAAUAUAUCUCAUACUAAUCUUAACGUUUGACAAUCCAUCAUGUCUGUAUUUGUGUGCACCAUAUAUCACGACAUUCUAUAUAUCAGAUUCUGGACUCAAUGCAUUGGUUUGGAUAUUGUGUGUCUCGUAACACCCGCUGUUGUUCAUAACAUGACUUGGCUUUGUUCUCAAAGAUGUGUCCCAGAAUGUCUACUACCACCUAUUGAUUCUCCCUCCUUGUCACAAUAUUCUGAAAGCCAUGUUCAGUGGUAUAUUUGGCUCAUUGGAAUUAAUAGAAGAACAAAAUAAUAAUUCUAAAGAAUGGUCCUGUGUUUCUCUGGUUCCGUCCCUGCCCCAUUAUAAUAAAACUAGGUGACUGAGAAACCUCUUGUCGAAAUCGGAGGCACUCCUGCGCUUCAGUCACAAUUUAAGUGACCGUAGCACUUUGCAUGGACAUAGGUGUUCAUAUCUGUAAAUCACGCCGCAACAUAACUAAACCCAUUGAGAUUAAUAUGUUCUAUUGGUCUUUGGCAACCAAGUUGAACAGCACAUUUUGGGAGAUGGUAUAUCAUUUCUUUAAAGCCUUUAUAUUUCAGUUUUUGGUGCUAUAUUUUUUAUACUUAGACACCUCUUUGCCCUUGCACCUAUACAUCUAUGUUUGUCUAUUUACAUAACCUGUUGGUGGUUCACACAUCCCUUGCAAGUGUCUGGAAUUCACCCAGGAAAUGCUAUGAAUGUCUGUAAAAAUGUCAUUAGACUGUUUCAGCGGUGUCACAUGAGUGUGGUGGUUAGAUUAAUAAUGACAGGGUGGAUUGAUUCAGUAUUGAAACACUAAUUUUAGUUGUUGUUGUUUUUUUGCAGUAUAUAUAUAUACCCCUUUUAUAAAUGUGUGUGCUUAAUUGGUGUUGUUCCCCUGACUUUUCAAGCAGGUAGCCUAGUGGUUAGAGCGUUGGACUUGUAACCAAACCAAAAGGUUGCAAGAUCAAAUCCCUGACCUGACAAGGUAAAAAUCUGUUGUUCUGUUCUGCCCCUGAACAAGGCAGUUAACCCACUGUUCAUAGGCUGUCAUUGAAAAUAAGAAUUGUGUUCUUAACUGACUUGCCUAGUUAAAUAAAGGUAAAAUUUAAAAAAAACCUGUUACCUUCUGAUCCCUAUCACAGUCCACUACGUCAGUAGGGGUAGGGCACCACUCCUUUUUUCAGUCGAUUAGAAAUGUGAUUAGUUAUGUCGGAUAACAAACUGUAUUGUGAUUCGAACUGGCGAUCUUGUCUGUCAUAACCUGUGGUUUAACGCGCUCCAUCCACCACCAACCUGCUUUCUUUUUUUUUACUCUCACCUGUAAACUCCACCCACUGACCUGUCGCUCUGCCCACUGAGCUUUCAUCCAACCAAUCACAUUUGUAUCUGACAGUGCCCCGGAGGAGGAGCUGCCAUCAGAACACAUUGGAGGCCAGUGUAAGGACUGUUUCUACAGUUGUGGCUAGAUGGAGUACAGCUCCAUCUAGUUGUCGUGUUGUGACAACACAUGUUGAUAACUAGUGUUUUAGCUAAGCCUUACCCUUUUCCUAACCUUAACCUAAUUCUCCUAACCUGCUACGUUAGUUCUAACAUGCUACGUAAAGUCACAACUGUAGAAACCAUCAGUCCCAACAAACCAGUAUCACCACACUGGGAUUCAAUUUGAAUCUUGGGAUAUAGGCUUCGCUGCUUUUAAAGGCAAUGUUCCCGCAUUCGCGAGAUCACGGUAAACACUAUUUGUUGCCUCAAUCUGAAUUGACCUUUUUAAAGGGUCAGUAAGCAGUUAAAACAAUAGCAAAGCAGGUGACCUGCCACUGUUUUGGUAAAAAGGGCUGGAAACUGUCAUCAUUCUCAACUUCAUAGACUGUGCUAUGGGUGCGAGGAAUUACUGUCCACGAUUUCAAAAUCAGAUUUAACCAUGUUUUGAGGGUAUAUAUCGAGCUAAGCUUGAUCACCGACAACGAUGAGAAACCCUAUAGGGAGGAGGUCAGAGACCUGGCGGUGUGGUGCCAGAACAACCACCUCUCCCUCAAUGUGAGCAAGACAAAGGAGCUGAUCGUUGCCUUCAGGAGGGCCAAACAGGCCCCCAUUAACAUUGACGGGGCUGUAGUGGAGCAGGUCGAGAGUUUCAAGUUCCUUGGUGUCCACAUCACCAACAAACUAUCAUGGUCCAGACACACCAAAAACGGUCGACUGAAAAGAUUUGACAUUCUCCUGUUCCAGACCCUAGUAAGGACAACUAUUAGACAGAGAUAACAGCAGCAUAGUAUUCAGUGCAGUCAAAUGUUAGUAUAAUGAAGCCUGUUUCUUUGAUGUUUUCUGUCUGCAGAUGAAGAGGUCCCUAUGAAUGUCCCAAGAGACUAAGGCUAUAUACUUGUAUGCCACAGGUUAUGUGUACAUAUUUAGCAAAUGUUGUAUACAAUUAAGUCAAACACAAUGUACACCUGUAUUUAUUUGGACCGUUUGUUCAUUUGGCUUUACUCUAUUUUGGAUUUGAGAUUAAAUGUUUUAUGAGGCAA